AUGACAGUGAAUUCUAUUGAUAGUAAUGAAACUGAUGAAAGCGAUUGCCAAGAAUGGUACUCUUCCUGCAGCAAUCGUUUUGAACCGUGUCACGUCCAUAGUGGCUGGGAACAAUGCAUUCCAGAUCAAUGGCAGUGUGUUAAACGACGACUUCGUCUUUAUCGACCAUUGAUCUUUAAUGAUAUUGGACAAUUUCCGCCGUUUGGUCUUUUUUUCAAACCAGCCAUAAAUCGGAUGGCGCUCAAUAACAUUACGAGCUCGACAGAAACAAGCAUAAAAAAAAAAUAUCGUGAUAAAAAAAAAUUUAAAAAUUUAAAUGGUCAUCAAUCUUCGUAUAAAUGUUGUCAGUCAUUAGGAAAAGCACUUAAACGUGCUGUUCAUUCAUUACCAAAAGAUACUAACAAACGUAUAAUGGUCGUACAACAUCUUGCACAAAAUCUUAAUAUUAUCUCGAAAACGACUCAUCAACAUACACGUCAACAACGUUCAUUAUCGAUCGAACUGAAAGAAUUAGUCAUUCAAUUUUAUCAACGAGAUGAUAUUACCUAUCAAUUACCUGGUAAACGUGAUUAUGUCACAGUCACAGAUGAUAAUGGUAAAUCAAUGACAUUACAAAAACGAAUUUUAUUAUAUAACAUACGUGAAACAUAUCAAUUAUUUGUUAAUGAAUAUUCGAAUAAAAAUGUCGACUUGUCAUUAACUUCAUUUAAUGAAUUACGUCCAGUGAAUAUAUUGAUACAUUCUUACAUGCCUCACCAUAGUUGUUUAUGCAUUUAUCAUGAGAACGUAAAUUUGUUGAUAAAAACCAUUGUCAAAACAUAUUAG